AUGGCAACAUACCUGAUGAACAGAGUUUUUGUGUCUUCUCUGAUGUUUUUUGUAAUUAUGAUUGGUUCCUUGAACGCACAAGUGGCAGACAUAAAAGCAAUCUGCGGUAAAGCGAAAAACCAAUCCUUCUGUUCUAGCUACAUGAAAUCCAACCCGAAGACAUCAGGUGCUGAUCUUCCAACACUUGCAAAAAUCACAUUUGGUUCUGCACAAACAAGUGCAUCAGAAGCUUUCAAUAGAAUCCAAUCUCUAGCCAAGACAGCAACCAACCCAAGUUUCAAGAAAGCAUACACCUCGUGCGUACAGCAUUAUAAGAGUGCAAUCAGCAGUCUCAAUGAUGCUAAGAAGAGCCUUGCGUCAGGGGAUAGUGCAGGGUUGAACAUUAAGGUAUCAGCAGCUAUGGAAGGACCUACAACAUGUCAAGAAGACAUGGCAAAUUUCAAAGUUGACCCUUCUUCAGCUAUAAAGAACAGUGGUGAUUUUCAAAAUAUAUGUGGUAUUGUUCUUGUCAUCUCGAACAUGAUGUGA